AUGAGUUACGAGUCUGAUUUCAAAUUUAUCUUCUCACCAGGUCCUUCGUCUGAGGGAAAUUUCACCCCUUCGCCUUCCCAGAGCAGUAGCCUCUUUGGGUCUCACCACAAUGUCCAAACGCCCUCUUCUUCCUCGUCGGGAUCUCCAUCUCUGGGUUCUCCGUUCUUCGGUGGACAGAACUCUGGAGGAAGAAGAUUAUUCUCGGAUUCAUUUACCCCUGUUGCAAGCCCACCUACGGAGUCGAAUCUAGCACCUAGGGCUAUUAGUUCUCGACCUAUAAGUGUCCCAGAUCAGAGUGUAAACGGGAACACAACACAAGAGCCUCGAGCAUUUCCCAUUUUGACUGGAAGAUCUUCAAGUAUCUUCAGCAAUCGGGCACGAGAGACUGCACCAAUAUCGUUCCAUAUGGAAACAGGGAGCGUCAGAGAUAUCCCGGCGAGGCGAGAAAUUAAUCGGCCUGAAGAGACGUCCAGUUCGAGCACCCCACCGGCGAGUGAAAAUGCGGAAGGCGAAAAUGAACGGGAUGCCGGAUGGGAGACUGAGGAUGAAGAUGAGAAUGGAGAUGAAAACGAAGCAAAUGAGGCUGGCAAUGAUUCUUUUACUCCUGACCCCAUCGAUGACCAGAGCCUUCAGGACAAUCUGAAUGCUGUCAAAUUCCAGCUUCAAGAGCUUUCCCGCACGAUGAAUGCUUGUCCACUGACUCAGGAUCCCCAGACCACACUCCAUCAGAUUUACCAGGAAGCAAAAAAGCUUAGCGAGUUCAAGGAUCAAGAAACGCGCAUCGUCGGAUUCAUAGGGGAGACUGGAGUUGGCAAGAGCUCUGUCAUCAACUCAAUACUAGGCCAACGGGGUCUCGCACGCUCGAGUGGUGCAAGCGCGGCCUGUACUUCUGUGCCUAUGGAGUAUCGAUAUGUGGAUGAAGCUCACCCCGGUGCUUACACCAUAGACGCCGAGUUCAUGAAUGAAGCAGAAGUCAAUGACCUCCUAGAUGAGCUUCUACGGAGUAUCCGCCGCGCUGCCGUCCCGACAGAAAGAAGCAUUAUCGCGGGGGAAAACUGGGCACAGUAUGAAGCCAUCGGCAAAAUGUCUCACGAAACCAUCCAGUCAAUUUUUAGCGAUCGGACAGACUUGACCAUUGAGUAUCUGGCGCGUCCCGGAGCGGAAGAUGAGAUCCUUCGAGAGUUGAAGCAGCUGGCUAUGAAUCGACUAAUAUUCCGACCUGGAGGGUCGAGUUCGCUGGACUACCAUGUUGUUGCGGGUGAUUUGGAGAGAUGCAAAGAUGAACUGGACAGGUUGACUAGGGACCCGGAGGACAACAAUGAGCAUGCUUUGUGGCCUUUCAUCAAGUUGAUUAGGGUCUUCCUAGAGUUGCCCGUGUUGAAGACUGGUCUGGUGCUUGCAGACCUCCCAGGAUUGCGAGAUAUGAAUUAUGCAAGAGACAUAUCCGCCGAAGAGUUGGCUCGUGGUAAUAAUCAUUUUGCUAACCGCGUCAAAAGAAUGAACGUAGAGAUUGAAAAUCUUGAGAAAGACACAGCUCGCAUCGGGCGUGAACGACAAAGAGCACGGGGUCAAAGGAAAGCAGAGCUUGCUGUUACCGAAUCCACAAACGAGGACAGGAUACAUAAACUCCGCUACGAACGACAAGCCUUCCUUAUGAAUGACCGAAACAACUCAACUACAAGAGAACUCGAAAGUGUAAUCCACAACAAGCCAGAGCAUGUGAACAAGGAGAUCAAGAUAUUCUGCGUCGGCAAUGAGCUAUACGGAAACCCUCCACACCGGCUGGCAGAGGACUAUAGAGCUCUCAGCGGAGUUCGCGAGCUUCGUUCAUAUUGUCGAUCCGUUCCUGCAGAGGCUAGAAUGUUGUCCGCUUCAUUUUUCAUCAAGAGACAAGUACCAGCGCUUCUGCAUUCCAUACACCAGUGGACGUUGACAGGUCGGGACUCUGUGGAUUCUGCUAGAGCUCGUGAGCUCCGAAGAGUACUAGAGAAGGUGGAAGGGGACCUUCGUCAGGACUUUAUCUCAGCCCGUGGGCGUCUCGCUCGAACUCAGAGCGAAGUAUACAAUACGUUUGAUACCCAAGUUAUGCAACAGCUUGAUCCUUAUUUCCAGAGAGAGCUCAAGCAGAAAUUUGUUGCAGUGAGUGAGAAUUGGGCAAAUUCUUAUCAUUUUGCCAGUUAUGCCGCAUUCUGCCGACAGAACGGCACCCACACGACCGGGGCCAAAGGGACACAUUGCUGGAAUGACGAGCUAAUGGCACAAGCACGGCCAGCGUUAGGUCAAAGAUGGGAUGCAAUAGAUACAUGGAUCAUGUCUCAGAGGAACGCGCUUCAUCAAGACAUCUCGACCUCCUUUCAAACCGUCUCUGAUACACUCCAAGUUCAUUUGCCGAUUGCCCCACAAGCUAUCGGAAAUCUUCUCUCUGUUAUGGACUAUAGAGCAAGAUGUAUCCAAUAUAUUUUCACUCACAUGGUCACACAUAUCCUUCAAAUCACAGAAUCCACACGAGACCACACUCUUAAUGGCCACAACAACAGUUCGUUGAUUGCCGAUCUAAUGCGAGAGGCAUACAAUAGAUGCAACCAACAGUCAGGAAGGGGAAGCGCUAAACGACGCACUGAUAUCAUGCACGCCCACUUAUCCAACAUGCAACUCUACCGGACAUAUACAGAUUCUGUACAGACUUCAUAUCUUACUGCCAUGAACGAACCCUUCGUUACCUUGAGAGAAAAGCUGCAUGAGCAGAUUGAAAUGAUUUCACGAGAUCUGCGAGCGGUGGUGGUUCCUGCUGGCGAGGUUUCGGAGGUUGAGAGAGCCCCGGGUCUAGUGCGCGAGUUCCAGAGGAGGCUUCGAGCGCUGAGGGAGGUCUUGGAUCGUGCAUCGGAAGCUGCUCAGGCAGCGGGGCACACGACAGAUCAAUAG